CCUAGUCUUCUGGCGAUGUUUCCUCUCGCCCGGCAGGCCCACGCGGCAGGCCCCUACAUAACAAAACAAGCAGAGACAUCUGCGAACAGAACGAUCAAGUAUAACAUGCGUUUUCCCGUCCGCUGAGCCGGCUGUCACUUCAAAUCGCCUUGCCGAUAUGCCGCCUCCGAUUGCCCGCGUGGCCUCUUUCUCUGUCGAUAUAGAGGACUGGCACUCCUGCACGCCUAGCGACGAUGAUGCGUACCAGGAGGCUCUGGAGCGCAACAGCAACGCCUCGUUUUUCACCUGCCGGACUCAUGCACCUUCAGUAGUCGGCAACAGCGCUGCUCCAAACGAGCCCGAGUCGCCAACACGUCUCCAGGACGCCGACGCGGCGCUUGCGGGUUUGGUGCCUGAGUCGCUGAGCGAGGCGAAGCUGCAGCACGUAGCUCCAGCUCUGGAGCUCUGCGACACCCCCGCUGCCAAGAAGACCAAGAGCGCGGCGCUGCCACCCCAAGUUCCUCCGGCCGGUGGCGCUCAGCCUGCAGCAAGGCCGAAGCCGGCGCUCACCCGCAGAACCACGCCGUUGCGCGCCGCCAGCCCUCGCACGACCAGCAGCCCCAGCCCCGCCCUCGCAGCCGCCGCGGCCGACGCCGACGCGGACGCAGACGCCGCGCCGGCUGGCGCCGACAGCAGCAACAUCGCCGCCGCUGAGGCGACGCUGGUCCGCGUGCAUGUCAUUCCGCGGCCUGACGACUCUGGCGUGCAGCUUCAGAUCCUGCCCUCGGUGCUGUGCCUAUUCGGCAGCGUGCCCUUCCCCGCGCCCAGCGCCUCCAGUCUGGACUUUGCCGCCGCGCUGCUGCUGCAGGCGGGCGGCCGCAGCGAGGUAGUCAGUUGCGCCGGCGCCACAGCGCUCACGCCCGCGGCCAGCGCCGGCGGUGCCGGCGAGGAGGUGUACGCCGGUGCCAGCCCUGCGCCGGGCCUGCGGAGCGCCGUGCCGGCGCACUCCGAGGGCGGUGCCAGUGCCGUGAGUGAGGACCCGGCGGUACAGAAGGACCAGAGCAGCAAGGCGCGCCGCGGCGCCGCUGGCAAGGCCGCCACUGCUGGAGCUAGCGACAAGCAGGCGACCCUGGACCCUCGCAAGUCGCAAGCCGCCUUCCCAGGCUCCCUGCUCCUGAAGCGCAUCUUCUCCGGCUUCGGUAACAGCAGCAACAGCGGGAAUGUGUCCGAUGCGGCCGCCUCGCCGCCUCCCGCGUCCGUUCAGGAGCUGGGCGCGGAGCUGCUUGCGGCGUGCGGCUGCGGAGCUGCGGACACACAACUCACCGCCGCGGCCGCCGCCAGCACCACCAUGGUCGCCGGCUAUGUCCAGGCCGCGUCAGCACCAGUGCGGCUGGCGCCCGCGGGCGAAGGCUCGGCCGCCAGCGCCAGCUCGGUCCCGCCCUCACCGGGCGGUGACAUUGCAUUCGGUGCUGAUGACGCGGCGGCUGCUGAGGCCGAGGCGGCCGCUGCCGUGCACCGCAUGUCCACCGACAUCUUCCGAAAUGUCCUCCGCGCCUCUGGUGGCGGUGGGGGCGAUGUCUCCUCGCCCGGCAAGGCGCAGCGCAGCCCGCGUGACACUGCCUUCCUCUCCUCAGCCGCGGCGACCAAGGCCGCUGCAACGGCCUCGCCGCGGCAGCGCGACCAGGCGCCCACUGCCGCAUUCGCAGCUGACACCGGUGCCGCUGCCGAUAGCAUCAACAGCAAGAUGCCUACUCGCGCCUCUGCCACCGCUAUCGGCGCCUCUGCCGCUGAGGGCUCUCCCUGCAAGGACGAGCAGAGCGCGCCGGGUGUCGCUGCGAUGGCGCUGCUUGCGGGCCUGGCGGCGCCGCCUGCGGCAGCGGCGCAGCCGCCCGCCGCCAUCCGCACCGGCGGUGGCCUGGCGGCGGCUGGCAGCCUGGAGAUGCUGGCUCCGGGGCAGAGUGGCGAAAUGUCGGAGGGCGGUGGCCUGCCCAUGCCCGACCUCGAGAAGUGCGAGUCGCCCGUGAUGGCCAAGGCGGCCGCCGGCAGCGGCAAGGUGCCCGGCGGCUCGCCGCCGCCGCGGCCCGGGGUGCCACUGGCCACUGCCGCCUCGGAGGAGGUGGUGGCGGAGGAGGAGGAGGAGGUGACGCUUUCGGUCGCGCCCGAGCAGGAGGCGGAGCCCGUGCCCGAGCCGGUGGCAGCUGUGCAGGCCGCCGUCGUGCCGCCGGUGCCUACGGCCGCCGCAGAGGCGGUGGCGGAGGCUGGCGCCACGGCGUCGCCUCGCACCGUUAGCAAGAAGGCCUACGGCACUGUGGCAAACAUCGUGCGCAAGAUGGUGCCCGGCUUCCGUGACUCAGCCCUCAUGGCUGUGUCUGCCUCUGCCGAGGGCGCGGCCGCUCCGGCGCCCGCGCCGCCACGGCCGCCGGUCGCGCCGCGCGCGCCGAAGGCGGCUGCGGGCGCCAAGCCGCCGACGCUCCUGGCUGCAACGACUGCGGUGGCUGCGGCGGCUGGUGUGGAGCACGCGGUUCCUGAGGUGCAGGAGUCGCAGAAGGAGCAGGCCGAUGCCGCCGCCCAGUCGCCUGGCGCGCCCAUGUUCAUCUUCGGACAAGAGCAGCCCAAGACAGCCAAGACGCCGGUAAUCCGGCCGCGACCCAUCUCCGCCAAGCCCGCGGCCACCCCCGCUGCGGGUGCAGCAGGCGAGCCCACCACGCCGGCGGAUGCGGCUGGCCGCAAGCGCAAGUCCGAGCUGGAGGACCUGCCUAUCGCCAAGAUGCCGGUUUCAUCCGGCAAGAACGCUAUCGCGGGCGGAGCUGGCCCCAACACCCCCGGCGCCAGCACUGAGCCUGGGGCGCCUUCACCGGCGCCAGCUGCCGCCAAGCCGGCUGCGCAGGAGCUUGUGGUGGCUCCUGCCCCCGCAACGGACGCAGCGGCGCCGCGGGAGGCCAUUGCGGAGGCUGGCAGGAAGGCGCAGGCGGCGGUGGAGGCUGCGCCCUCAGCAGCGGCGGAGCCGGUGUGUGCGCCGCAGUCGCUGCACAACAGCGCCAACCCGGAGAUUGUGCCGACACAAGACGAGGGGGCGGUCGUGCAGCAGCAGGCGGCGGUAGUGGCAGCGGCGCCAGCCGCCGAGGUGCCGGUGCCGCCGCAGCAGCAGCAGCGGGAGCCUGUGAAGCCCGCUGCUGCUGGUGCGGGCAAGAAGCAGGGCGGAGGCGGGCUGUUUGCCUGCUUCGGCUGCUUUAAGGCGUGAGGCCGGCGGCAAUAAGCUGCGAUGCUGCACACGUGGGCAAAGUGGAUCUUUGAAUUGAUCAGAAGGCAGGGCGCGUCAGGUUGGCUGCAGCCACCUUGCUUGUGAGCAGUCUGUUACCAGACGGACGUACAUGAUUCUGACGAAGUUGCCGGCUUUGUGUGAGAUAUUAGUAUUUGCCAUUCAUAUUCGUGUUGGUCCUGAGCUUUUGUGCGUACGAUCAGCUGCUGGUGGCAACGUGAUUCAGACGCCGGAGCUAGGAAGCACACAUGUGCCGGAUGGCUCCGUGGAUGGCUCCGUGUCGCUUCUAGCCGACGUGCCGCAGCUGCUGCUGGCGUGCUGUGCUGCCGCAAGCCAUCCCGAAGGCUCCAAGGGUGAAUGCCUCAGAAAGGCUGCUGGAGCUUUUUAAGGGAGCGGCUCGGCAGCAGAGCAGGUCAGGCGCUGGUGUUCUCCAGGUUGGUUUCGGGCGCAUCCUUUCUGGUAGUCCCAAGCAACGCCCGGCCGCCGUCGUCCAGCCCAGCCAUCCCAAUACAGCAGCCGCUUUCUGUCAGCCAGCCAUGGGCGCGACCGUCCACAGCGUUUAUCGUCGGUUACGAGGUAACAUGUGAAUUCGCAACUUGCGCUACUGACUGCCUACUCUCGUGCCGCCUGCAAGCCCACUCCGCCGUCCGCUCUGGUCUACGUACGCAUUCGUUCCCACCACACUCGUCAUUAACAGGCAUGAUAUUCAGAAGGUUUGCGAGGUGCCUGCCUUAAAGGCUGCCUAUUUCUGCAAGGCUUGUGCCAUCAGGUGCCAUGAGCAGAGUGUCGGAGAGGAAUGACCUGCUUCGCCUCGCUCUUGAAAUUAAACAUUGUGUAACAACGCUGCGUACGCAAAAGGACGGUACACAUGCGAUGCUUCGCGGCCAGCUAUUCAAUCAUCUUUACUACCGUACGUAACACAACCUGCCAUGCAGCCACGUCCGCCGGCCCCAAACCUUUGAAUUCCCAC